CUCCCUGAUUGGAUAAAGGAAUUCCAGGAUUUCUUGAGGGAUAGAAACAUACAAGUUCGCAUUGGAACUUUUCUGUCGGAUAUCUACAUGACAGAGAAUGGAACACCUCAAGGAAGUGUCAUCAGCCCAACAUUAUGUAACGUUAUGAUUAACGAAUUGUUUGAGAAUAUCAAUGUACUGGUCGAAACAUCACCGUUUGCAGAUGAUGGAGCGUUACGGAAACAGUCGGGUAAUUUUUACACCGUCUUCACUGGUAUUCAACAAUCUCUCUAUCUUGAACAGAACUAGUGAGUACAUUGGGUUUUAAAGGAUUUCAGCUUCGAAAAGCCGACUGAGAUGACCAACCAUACGAACAGGUUCAAUCAUCCCUACCUAUGCACAAAAUCGCGCGCCGAAACGCAGCCGGAAGUUGCUAAAGCACAUGGGCUGUGUGUUGCGAUCUGGAGUGUGGACAUUUCUAACGAGUUAAAUUACUAGUUUCAUCAAAUUGAUUGCCAUGUUGCGAAGAGCAUUUAAGCGGUCGGGCAUCGAGUCCCACUCUCAGAUAGAUGACAAACAUGCGAAGCGUAAAAGAGAAGAUUCUUCUCUCGGUUUGGAUAAUCGCGAAACAAGUGGAAAUGUAACUAGAGAUAGAGAACUUGAAGGAAUCGUCUUUGGUGGAGUCGGUGACAUGUUGAGCGAAAUUGACAAUGGUUUGUUAAAAAACGAAAGAAAAACUAAAAAGAAUAAACAUGUUUUCUCAAUGGAUGAGAAGAAACCUGCGUGGGAUGAUGCGUUUGAAGAAACCGAAACAAGAAAGCUACCGCCAGUUCCUAACUGGGCUAAGAUGGAACCCGAUCAUCUUGACCGUGACGUAGAAAAGUUGCUCCAUCGUGCAGGUGACUUGUUAGUUGAAUCUACUUGCCUCCCUGCAGGUAUCUUGCAAAUCAAGAAACUUGCUGAUGCUAAUGCAGAUGAUACCAGAGGAAGCAAGAUUCAGAAUGUGGAGUUCCACCCUACAGCCAAGGUUAUUUUAACAGCAGGAUCAUCACACAGAGUCAACCUCUUUCAGAUUGAUGGAAAGCACAACCCAAAAAUCCAGAGUGUCUUUUUUGAUGACUUCCCAAUACAUACUGCUCACUUCAGCAGAAAUGGUGAGGAGAUCAUUGUCGGGUCGGAUCGCAAGAAUUUUAUGUUUUAUGAUAUGAUAGGAGGUAAAGUGGGUAACGUGCCUAGGAUGAAAAGACUGGAAGGUAAUAAUUUGGCCAGGUUUGAGGUGUCACCUGAUGGCAAAUAUCUAGUGUUUCUUGGCAAAUAUGGGUCAAUGCAUGUUCUGAGUGCAAAAACAAAGGAAUGGAUUACUUCGUUGAAAAUGAAUGGGGACGUCUAUUGUGUGUCCUUCACAAGAGAUAGUACGAGGAUGUUUUCGUUUGGUGACACUGGCUCUGUGUUUGUAUGGGACAUGAAUACCAUGAGCUGUGUGCACACAUUCAUAGAUGAAGGGUGUGUCAAGGGGGCAUCCAUUGCCGUGUCACCAAAUAAUCAAUAUGUUGCAUGUGGCUCUCAAAGCGGUAUUGUCAACAUAUAUGAUGCAGAUACUUGUCAGAAAAGUAGUUCACCAAAACCUCUGAAGGCCAUUAUGAAUCUUACGACUGUUUGUAACAAGGCCAAGUUUAAUUGCACAUCAGAGAUCCUCGCCAUUGCAUCCAAUGAAAACAUGAAAGCUCUUAAGUUGGUUCAUUUUCCAUCACUUCAAGUAUUUUCAAAUUUUCCUGAGCAGACGGACAGACAACUGCAGGUGCCCAAGUGUCUUGACUUCUCACCAAAUGGAGGCUAUAUGGCUGUUGGCAAUCAGAAAGGACAGGCUUUGCUCUACAGAUUAAAACAUUACAGUGAAUACUAAUGAAACUUACGCUACUGUGCACAACUUUCAUAUUGAUAUUGUUUACAAUGUGGAACUUUGUAGAUCAUCAAAAAAUGAAUGUAACAGAGCUGUCUUUAUUAAACUAUAUAAUAUG